AUGAAUCUCCAGGAAAUUGCAGAAAAAGAGUAUUUUUAUCAAAGCUGGGGAUGCACAGAUAUUAUAUUUAAGCAAAUAAUUGAUGCCACAAAUUGGAAGAAAGAAACUCAAAGAUUAAAGCCUGCCACGUCAUUAUUAAGAUAUUUUACAGAGUAUUGGGACGAACUCCCAAAGUCGAUGACGUAUUUAGAUUUAUUUAUGCUAGUUAAGGCAAAAGAAGAGAGAUGCAAGGUAAAUGUUUCUAAAGGAACUGCAAAUUACUAUUCUGUCAUUUUAAACUGGUUUUCUAAGAUUGUAGGAAACCCAGAGAAAUUUGCCCAAAUGGUAAAAAUGUAUUUCGAAACAAAUAACAGUAAUCUCAAGUAUUUUGCCAGAAUUACUUUUCCAAAUCUUUUCUUACAUUUCGAAUUUAUCGAAUUUUCAGAUCUUUCCUACAAAUUCUUGGCAUACUUGGUAAAUAACUGCCAGCCAGACUUCUACGGACCAUUUUUAGUUUCAUAUUUUUUGGCAAUUUCGGGUUUUGCCAAUAUUUUCUGGUAUCUUUAUGACCAGGAGAUGCUCAAAUAUGGAAACAAAACACAAUUAUCUAAUAUUUUUUCAUGUUUCAUCAAAGCAAUCUCAGAUUCCAUUACAAAACUGCCGAUAAACCAUAUUGAGAUCGCCAGGUUGGUCAUUGACAAGGAUAAAGGCGCUUUUCUGAAAUACUUUUAUGGAGAUGCCAUCAAGAUUUUAUACAAAGAACAUUCUGCUGGUUACAGCGACACAUCUAUCGUUAAUUCAGUUAUAGAAUUCCUUGAUUACAUUUCAGGACAUCCAGAUCAUCCUCAAUCUUUACUUCUUAUUGAAGUUUUCUUCAAAGAUGAUUGCAAUUACGCUCCCAUGUGGCCAAUGGCAAUUGAUGAAACUGAAAACAAGGCAAUUAUAAUGAUGACAUGCAAGGAAUUCUUUAUUAUUGAAGAUAUCGUCAAAGAAUACCAUGAUAUUUUAAAUAUUGACGCUUUAAUUAAGCCAACUUACUUGAAUCCUGCUUUUAAGGACUCUCUUGUCAUCGACUGUUGCGAAGUUCAUACUUCCAACUUCAUAAAACCAGGAUAUUCCGUGAAAUACAAUUUAAUGUUCGAACCACAAGAGAAAUUCGGAAUAACCCUCGAUGCAAACCAAUCCAGAUUGUACAAAGCUAUCAAGUGUGCCGCAGAUACUGAAAAAUUGCAUAUUGUAAAACUUAUAUCCAAUCAAAUUUCCAGUAAAAACGUACCGCCGCUGAAAGAUGAUAUGCAAGAAACACUUCUUAAGGCAUUUGUAGACGAUUGUUACACCAACGAUCAAACAUUUGAGUUCCAUAUCAGAAGAAUUUUUAUUUCUAGACAAAUCAGUUCAUCAGGACACGAAGCGUCGAUGCUUUUGAGCAAAGCGUUACAUUACUUUGCACAAUACCUCUUUGAAGAGCCUAAAAAGGAAGAAAUCGAGAAACCAAUCCAGUCUUUAUCUCCUUUAGCAAAGAUGCGACCCGGCCAACGCAGUUCUGGCUUCUUCAGGCGUCUUUCCAUCAACAUAAAUUCGACAGAAGCCAACAUCAUGGCCCAACAAUCGAUUUUGACAACUUCCGCCUUCAACUUAGAAGGAAAAGCGAAUAACAAUUCAUCAUUUGGCCACAAUGUCGUAUCGAGGAGCAUCGAAACGUCCGGAAAAGCCUCGACUUUCUUUUUGGAUUUCGAAGAAACUCCUGAAAUCAAGCCAACAGCUAAGAAACAGCGAAGAAAUUCCGGAGAGUUCAAUAAAAUACAUACUGCUCAUAAGCAGAAGAACAUAGUUAACGACAUUAUCAAGAAAUCUCCAAAUGCAAGCGAACUUUACCUUUUGGCGAUUAUCAGGAGCGCUGAUAGCACAAUGGCACAAAACUCCAAAGCCACAGCUGCCAUAAAGAAGUUCAUGUCUCGAGUACAAACGGAAUCAAUCAAAGGUAUUUUGGUCGAAGAAAAAACAUCCGAAAUCCAACCGAAACUUGUUAAUAAAAUCAGUAAAAUGAUUGAUUCCUACAAAGUUUGCAAGCCAGGAACACUCAUGUACAAUGUUUUGGAGUGUUUGCAACCUUUGCCAUCGAUUUGCGAGAAAUUGAAAUUUGAUUUUCAUUUCUUCAAGAAAUUGAUGGAAUCUGUUAAGACAGAAGCAUUAAUUGCAACUUAUGUUAUGUAUGAACAGCUUUCCUUUGAUUAUGUUACGUUUAGAAAGAGUUUGCCAAAUAGUUUGGACCAGACUGGUCAAUAUCUUACAAAGAAUAUGCAGGAAUACAUGAAAUCAUUAGAUCCACCUUAUGAUCCAACGGCUUUUAGACAUAUUUAUGGUGAUCUCUAA